UUACCUGGAUUUCGUGGUGACCUUUUCCAUUGGUUUAGUCUUACUUUCUUUCACGUAACCCUUUUUCAUAAAGUGUGUUUCAUAACUUUUAUGAGCUUGACCCUUCACUCAAUAUGUAGGCGCACAUAAUCAAAUUUCACACUAUAUCUCCUCUUCACUCUCUUUCUGAGCAUCUGGGAAUUCAAAUAGGUGAGUCUUUUCUGUGAACCUCAACCACUUUACUAUUGAAAUGAGCAUCAUUAGCUAUUAUUGAUCUAUAAAAUUACUGAUCCGAUUCGUUGAAAUUAGCAAAGUGACCCUUUAGCUAUUUUUGUAGUUUGUUGGAAUAAAUAGACGUAUUGGGUAAUUUUCAAUUCCUCAUAGUCCUUGCCUUUUGAUUAGUUAGUUAGUUAGAUACACAUAUUUCCUACAAUUGUAGAAGUCUUGACCCUUUUCUAUUCUUCUUAUCCCCUUCUCUCUUUCAAAAUGAUUGACUGAGAAACAAGGUUGAAUCUUUAAGACGAAGUGGGGGUGGAUUCAAUUAUUUAUAUAUUGAAGACACCAAGUGGGUUAUGUUUUUUUAAUACUUAAAUUUUGGGUACAGAACAUGUCAGGGUAUUAUAUGGAAUCAAGGAAUCAAAAGAAGAGGCUUCCACGUGCUCAACCUUGGAAUCAACUCAGUUAUCUCAUCAUCCAUUUUGUUCACGAGUUGAAAUCUUUGGUAGGCAGCCAUGGUUGAGUUUUGAUCCGGGCCUUACAUAGAUAGAAUAAAGGGAUUAUUUUUAAAUCCAGAAAAGAUUUAUCCAUAUUCUCAAAGGUUGGAAAGGAAAGUUCCUCCUUUAUAUAUUUUCCUUGUGUUUGUUUUUAUCAACUUCUUCUGUUGGAGCAACAAACUCAGAACAUCUAAUAAGAAAAAGAAGAUGGUAAAAAGGUCAGCAGGAGAGAGAGGAGACACUCCCUUGCAUUUGGCUGCAAGAUCAGGAAAUCGUGAACUGGUUCUGGAAAUAAUCUCAAAGACUAGUGAGGAGGUAGAAUUAAAGGAAAUAUUAGCAAAGCAGAAUCAUGCUUGCGAAACCCCUCUUUAUGUGGCCUCUGAGUAUGGGUAUGUUGAUAUGGUGGAAGACAUGAUAAAGCACUAUGACAUUGAUACAGCUGGUACCAGAGCUAGGAAUGGCUUCGAUGCAUUUCAUGUAGCUACUAAACAAGGGAAUUUAGGGGUGUUAAAGGUGUUAAUGGAGGCUCUCCCAGAACUCGCAAUGACUGUUGAUCUGACAAACACAACAGCUUUGCAUACUGCUGCUGCACAAGGCCAUGUUGAUGUGGUUAAUUACCUCUUGGAUAGUUUUGGCAGCCUGGCCAACAUAACGAGAAGCAACUGCAAAACCGCACUGCAUUCUGCGGCAAGGAAUGGGCAUUUGUUGGUUGUCAAAGCUCUGUUGAGUAAAGAGUCUGGAAUUGCUGUGAAAAUUGAUAAGAAAGGGCAGACUGCUCUUCAUAUGGCAGUUAAGGGACAUAACGUUGAGCUGGUGACUGAAAUGUUGAAGGCAAAUCAUUCUUUGAUAAACAUGGUUGAUGCUAAGGGCAACACUUCCUUGCAUAUAGCUAGCCGAAAGGGUCGAGCUGAGAUUGUUCAGCUGCUGCUAAAUCACAAGGGAGUGGACACGACUGUCAUUAACAAAGAUGGCGAAAGUGUACUUGACACUGCUGAUCGAAAUGGACAGCCAGAGAUUGCUGCUGUCCUAAGAGAACAUGGCAUUCAAAGCGCCAAAUUCAUUAGACCACUAAGUUCAACAAGAUCCCGAGAACUGAAACAAACUGUCAGUGUAAUCAAACAUGAAGUACAUCACCAACUUGAGCAUACACGCCAGACACGAAAACAAGUACGAGGAAUGGUUAAACGACUCAACAAAAUGCACUUAGAAGGCCUCAACAACGCGAUCAACUCAACCACGGUUGUUGCUGUUCUCAUAGCCACCGUUGCCUUUGCUGCUAUCUUCCAAGUCCCUGGCCUGUACCCUGUUGAUGCUUCAAAAUUAACUCCAAACCUCUCAACUGGUGAAGUCCUUGUUGGUCCCAGAAUUGAAUUCAUCAUCUUCUUCAUAUUUGACUCAUUUGCUCUCUUCCUAUCACUAGCUGUUGUGAUUGUCCAAACCUCAGUUGUUGUUGUAGAGAGAAAAUCAAAAAAGAAACUCAUGGCAAUCAUAAACAAGCUGAUGUGGUUGGCUUGUGUUAUGGUGUCAGUGGCAUUUUUAGCACUGUCAUAUAUUGUUGUGGGAGAACAUCAUAGAUUAUUAGCCAUUGGCGUAACUGGUAUAGGAACAGUAAUUAUGGCAACAACACUGGGAACUAUGUGUUAUUGGGUCAUAGUAAACAGGCUACAAUCUUCCAAAUUGAGGAGAAGCCUUAAGAGAUCAAUGACUAAUAAUAGUCAGUCACCACAAUCAUGGUCAGUUACAAUAAUGUCUGAUACUGAUAUACUAAAUAGUGAGUAUAAGACAGUGUAUGCACUUUGAAAGACCAAAGGUAGCAUAUAUUAAGUCUGAGAUGUAAAUUGGCCUCUUCACAAGUAACAUAGACAAUGUGUAUAUAUAAAUUAAAUUAUGUAAGACUGAACUUCAGUAAUUUGCCAAAUUGUGAUAUGAUAAGAAUAACAGAAGAUCAUUACUGUAGUAUUACUAUUUCAAUUUGAUGAUAGCCCAAGGGAUCGUGUUCGAUAAAA